GGGUGGGGGAAAAGGAAUCAAACAUGAGGGUUUCUUUCUCUCUCUAGCAUUUUUUAUCCCGUCGUCUCCGGGGAAGGGAAAUCCAAGGUGAUCAUAUUUUUUUGGGGGCAUUUUGUGGGUUUUGACCACGGAGAGACAGAGAAAAGGAGGGAGAAGGGGGGACCUUGUGCCCUUCUUCUCCUUCAAGUGUCAUUUUCCUAAAUAUACUCUCGAGGAACUCCGGACUUAAUCCCCUCCUUUUCUAUUCCCUGCCUUUCUGGAUUUGUUUUUGUUUUAAUAUCUUCCUCCUUUUGCUUAACAACACAUCUCUCUCUCUUCCAUAUCCCUUUAUCUCUCCCUCUCUGGAGCAUGUCUGUUUGUUUUAGAAGAUAGCAAGGUUUUUUUUUUACUUUGCUUCGAGUCCCUACGAGUUCUCUCCCAGCUCUUCAAUCUUAAAAGCAUACAAACCCCUGUUCUUUGAUAGCUUUUCCAUACGUUUUUCGAAGAAAAUAAAUAUAUAUCAUUCAUCAGUCAUCAAGAAAGGCAGGAAGAGCAGAAAGAAGUAAAGACCCAGUUGUCAAUAUCUGAACUUACUUUAGUAUAAAGUCGAAUUGAGCAAAGAAAAGCUUCUAUUUGGGAAAGAAGGUUAAUGAAAAUGCCCUUGGAAGGGAUUUUCAUUGAACCAUCUUCAACCCCUCUUCCAGAUCUUUCCCUGCACAUUAGUCCUCCCAACACUUCAUCUUCUUUAACUUCUACCGAUGAACCAGACAUCAGUUUCGAUCUUUUGAGCCAUCGAGAAGCCCACAAUUCCAAAAGCAAUAGCUCUACCAGGACUGAAUCCCAAGCUCAAACUGAGCUCUCCCUCGGGAGGAAUUCCAGAUGUGGAGCUGAAGACUCGCGGCCUCAUGAUCCUUAUCAACAGCAAAAUCAUCUUCUGCAGCUCUCUAAGAAUCACUUGAAUCACAAAAAUCGUGGUGUCUCACUACUAGAUGUAUCAUCAGACAGUUUAAGGCCGAUCAAAGGGAUACCGGUCUAUCACAGCCGUUCAUUUCCGUUCUUGCCCAUGGACCCUGCAAGAGACAAGGAUCCCAAGAUGUCUUUCUACCCAAUUCCGUCUUAUCCCUCUCUGUCUUCUUGCUCCGCUUUGUGCACUCCAUCUGUGUCUCACUCACCUUCGCCUUACUAUAGAGGGGGCUUGGAUCCCAUGUCGAUCUUCCACUCCGGCUCUAAUGCGUCUUCAGCGGCAUAUAGAUUAGGGGCUACAACAUCGUUUAAUGGGCUCUCAACGGAUUCUUUGAAAGCGCUCCAAUUGCACCAUCAUCAGCAGCAGAAUCAGUAUGGCGUAGGAGCUUCAGAGGCUUCACAUCAUGGGAUGAUAAGGUCAAGAUUUUUACCUAAGCUCCCAACAAAGCGAAGCAUGAGAGCUCCAAGGAUGCGCUGGACCAGCACACUCCAUGCUCGUUUCGUCCACGCUGUUGAGCUUCUUGGUGGUCAUGAAAGAGCUACACCAAAGUCAGUUCUUGAGCUCAUGGAUGUCAAGGAUCUCACAUUAGCGCAUGUGAAGAGCCAUUUGCAGAUGUAUCGGACUGUUAAGACCACUGACAAGCCUGCCGCUUCCUCAGGUCAAUCGGAUGGAUCUGGGGAGGACGAAAUCUCCCCAGUGGGGAGCGCCGGUGACCGUGGCCUACGUCCACUUACUGAUCAAAGAGGACCGCCCGAUCGGCCCCUACAACAAGAAAUCGACUAUCCUUCUAUCACUCUGUGGAGUAACUCUUCGAGUAGGGAGGCAUGGGUACAAGCUAACAACAAUGACAUGGAUCAGGGGCUAAAGCCUGCCGCAUCCUUUGAGUCACAACAAAGAUCAAGAGCGCACCAUUGGCAGGUUUCCAAAACAUUACAGGAAUGCGGUUCAACUCAAUUGAAGAGCUACUUAGGGUCUAAUUUGGACUCCAUGAAUCCAAGCUUGGAGUUCACAUUAGGCAUCCCAGACUGGCAUGGGAAAGAACACGACUAAUUCCCUACUCCCUAGCUAAUCUCUUGAUCAUCUUCGUCUUGUUUUUGGCUGUCAUGUGCAUGAUUCCUUGAUCGCCAGUUCAUUUUCUUCAUUAUUCAAAAUCAUAGCUAGAUAUAUAAAAUCGUGUUUCCGAUGAAGAGGAAACGGCAGUCACAAAAAAUGCAGGCUGACUCUCACGACUGAACGUGCAUGCAACCUAUUUUGGGGCUUGUUAUGUGCGACUAAAGCAUUAUGUGAUUGUAAACAUGAAAAAUAAGAGAAAAGGAAUCAGGUGAAGAUCUAGAAAAAGAGAAUCACGUAAGAAUGUGGGUAGUUCUUAAAACUUGUAAAGACUAUUCCUGUCUAGAUGGCUUUAUAUCUAAGUACGUACAGACGAAUUACUAUGACAUGUAUAUAUAUAGCAUCAUUCUAAUCA